AUUGCUUCCGCGCUCGACAAUAUGAGGUCGGUCCUUCUCGCUGCGGGUUUCCUGGCCUUGACGUCGGCCCUCCAGUGCGACAUCCAAAAUGCAAUCGAGCGAAUCGAUUGCUUGCCUGAGAGAAACAGUAACGAGCAGCGAUGCCACGAACGUGGUUGCUGUUGGAAAACGAGACAAGACGGAGAUCCCCAUGUAAAUUUCCCGUACUGCUUCUAUCCGCGAGAUUACAGCGGCUACGUCAUCAGCAACCAGACUCAAGAUCGCCAUGGAGCAACUGUCUACCUACAGAGACAGCAACCCUCCCAUUCCGCCCAGGAUAUUGGAGUGCUCCGCGUUGAAGUUCGGAGCUACUCGAAUCAGAUUGUGCGAAUUCGUAUAGUCGAUCCCCACAAUCAGAGAUGGGAGCCACCAUAUCCGGCAAUUCCACCGCCAAGUUCUCGUAUUGAUUCGCCGAUUUUCGAUUUCGAAAUCACUCAAGACAGUCGGCUGGAAGUGAGACGUUUCGAUGGGGACCAGGGUGACAAUCACAAGGUGAAGCUGGUGAGCCUGAACCUCGGGACGAUGAUCUACACGGAUCGAUUCAUCCAAGUCACCAGCCUCCUGCCUUCUAAUGUGGUGUAUGGCCUCGGUGAACAUCAUGGCUCGCUUCGGCGGAGCAUGGAUUACAGCCGCUUCACAUUUUACAACGAGGAUCAACCCCCUGUCGAGAACAAACGACUCUACGGAACGCAGCCAUUCUACAUCAAUCUCGAGAGCGAUGGCCGUGCAAAUGGAAUGUGGUUAUUAAACUCGAACGCGAUGGAUAUUCUUCUUCAACCCGCUCCUGCCAUCACUUACCGGCCGACCGGGGGGGUGCUCGACUUCUUCAUUUUCGCCGGUCCCAGCCCUGCUGACGUUGUGAAGCAGUAUCAAGAUAUCGUCGGUAGACCGAAAAUGAUUCCCUACUGGUCACUGGGAUUCCAUCUCUGCCGUUACGGCUACAAGAGCACCGAAGACACGAGACGAACCUUGCAACGGAAUCUCGAUGCUGGCGUUCGAAUCGACGUGCAAUGGAAUGAUAUCGACUACAUGGACAAAUUCAACGGGUUCACGCUCGAUCCCGAGAAUUAUAGCGACCUAGGCAAGCUCGCUGACGAGUUACACAAGGACGGACGUCACUAUGUCAUGAUAGUGGACCCCGCCGUGAGCGGUAGCGAGACGCCCGGCUCAUAUCCGCCGUAUGACCGAGGACUUGAGCAGAACGUGUUCGUUAAGACUGCCAAGGGACGAAUCGUCGAAGGUAGAGUUUGGAAUUUGGGCACCAGCGUUUUCCCCGACUUCACCCAUCCGAACGCCACAAUAUAUUGGACGGAGCUGUUCCGGGACUUCCACAAAAGGGUGGCCUAUGACGGGGCUUGGAUUGACAUGAAUGAGCCUUCGAACGGAAUUGAUGGUCACAAUGACGACAACUCGUGCCGUUCGGAUCAGGACAUGCCUUAUGUGCCCGGAGAUGUUUACCUACACAAGAGGACGAUCUGCACCAGUGAUGUGCAUCAUCUGUCUUCCCAUUAUAAUGUACACAACCUCUACGCUUACGCUGAAGCCAUCUCGACGUACAAAGCACUUACGGCGGUGGCCCCGAACAAGCGACCGUUCAUCAUUUCGCGAUCCACAUUCUCCGGUCAAGGGUUCUAUUCUGGACACUGGACAGGAGACAUCUAUUCAAACUGGGGGAAUUUGAAGGAUUCGAUUUCCGGAAUCCUUGAUUUCUCAUUCUACGGAAUACCAAUGGUCGGAGCGGAUAUCUGCGGCUUCUUGCAAGACACAACAACGGAGCUCUGCGCUAGAUGGCAAGCCUUGGGAGCAUUCUAUCCGUUUUCCAGAAACCACAACAACAUUCAGGCCAAAGACCAGGACCCAGCCGCGUUGGGCGAGACGGUUCUGAAACCGACUCGGAACGCUUUCUACUGGCGCUAUAAACUCCUCCCUUACCUCUACACCUUGUUCUACGGAGCUCACAUGGACGGAGAGACGGUGGCAAGACCCUUGUUCUUCGAAUAUCCCGAGGACCCGAAGACGUAUGACAACGAUCGUCAAUUCAUGUGGGGAAGAGCUCUGAUGGUAGUCCCGGCCCUGUUCGAGAAUCAGAAAAUAAUCACUGGCUACUUCCCGAAAGGAAUUUGGUACGAUCUCCAGAAUAGGACCGGGACGGUUGAUGCGACGUCAGGAGGGAAAUACGUUGACCUCCCGGCCGAUAUGGACUAUAUCCAUUUCUUCAUGAAGGGAGGGAACGCCGUCUUCUUCCAAGAGCCCGGGAACACGACAACGGACUCGCGUAAGAGUCCUUUCGGUCUAUACGUGUUUCUCGACGACGGAGUCGCUUCGGGACGAGUAUUCCUGGAUGAUGGGGAGAGCAUCGAUUCCAUCACCAGUGGGGAAUUCGAUGUCGUUCACGCGAUGGCUACCAAAGAUAUUCUAGUCGUUAGCAACCGGAGUCAGAUGAAAUCCUUCUACAACCUGGACGAGGUUCACGUCUACGGAAUCAAAUCUCAGCCAAAGGAGAUUUUCAUCGAUCGAGCUGAAUUCAUCGAUUUCGUCUAUGACGAACAGCGACAACUCCUCACCAUGAAUAACCUCAAUCACGAUAUGACUCUGAUGACCGUCUCAUUCGUUUACUAAGCCGUUUUGGACCGAUUCCGCGCUCUAACUUGCUGGGACAGGCUGGUCGGAUUAAAAUUGGACUAUCACUGGCAGUCAUAUUAUCUGUACAUGAAUUUCGCGAUUCGGCGUGAGUCUCUAUCUAAUCAUUGCGUUGAUAUAAGUUC